CUGAUCGAGCAGAGCGCACAGCGAGCCGGUCGCGCACGCACGCACGUCCGUCCGUCCGUCCGUCCGUCCGUCCGUUCCCCUCGUCUGUGCGUGAGUGUGACGCCGCCGUGUGAGUGCGCGCGUUGACUGGAGUCGUCACCCCGUGUCCCACACCGACAUCGUUGAUUUCGUUGACUGGCGAGAACGUUGGCGAUACGCGAUGAAGAUGAGCCGGCACUGGAUGGUUCUACUCGCUCUGAUGAUGGCGCCCGCAGUGAUGACGGACUGUCCUGAUGGGCAAUACGCGGGCGUGGACGACCGCUGCUGCGACGCGUGUCCCGCGGGGCACGGCCUCGCCUCUCCCUGCACGCCGGCAGCGAACACUACAUGUGAGCCGUGCACGGAGGGCCUCACGUUUUCCGCUGAGGCCGGCGGUGCGCCGUGUCGCGCCUGCAGGACGUGUCCGGACGAAGCGCGCGUCGCGUCGCCGUGCAACGUGACGCGCGACAGCGAGUGUCAGUGCGAGCGCGACUACUACUUCGACGCGCGGGGCUGGACGUGCGUGCCGUGCGACAUGUGCUCGCAUGGCUACGGCGCUACGCGGCCGUGCGGCGCGCGACACAACACCAUCUGCCGCAAGUGUCGGAACGGCACCUUCUCGGAGAUGUUCAGCAAGACGGACGCCUGCCGGCCGUGCAGCGUCUGCAGCGAGAAGCACAUCAUGCUGCAGCCUUGCGAACCCAUACAGGACACGAUCUGCCUCGAUAAAGACAUGCCGUACCUGCGCAAUCGGCCGUCGACGCCAGCUCCGAGUUCGCGCGCUGAACUAGCGCCCUCUGGUGGCACCCACGACAAUAUCAUUCCACUGUACUGCGCUUUGCUGGGUCUCGUCAUUGCCGGACUCAUAGUCUACGUUGCCAUCAAGAGAAUGCAGAUUCACAAACACCAAAAAGCAGCGCAGGCGACUCCGAGCCCUGCGCUUGUCACUGCUGAUGUAGAGGGCGCCACCGCACACAAGCGGCUCGGAUCAGAUAGCGGUAUCUACAUGGAGAAGGAGUUCAUUGGCAACCGCCAAGCAGCUGUAACACCGAGCAUGAAGGUUAGGCACCUUCCCAAGGCGCGCAAACAUGAUCUGGAGACGAUGCUGAAUCCUGCCAGGCUAGACUAUAAAGACUGGCGCGGCUUGGCGAAGGAACUAGGUUAUGACGCGGCCGCCGUCGCUAGGUUUGAACGCCGCAGCAACAAGCAUGGCCCCCUACGGCAGCUGUUUGCCGACUGGGGCAGACUCGACUCGGCAGUCGUGCAGUCGCUAGUAAACUCACUGCAGAAGAUCGGUCGAUACGACGCAGCCUCCACGUUGAUGACUGAGCAGUACACGCACCCGACAGAAAUCUUACGCGGUUACGGAGAACGGGUGUAGUCUGUAGAUGGUAGUCGAGUAUUGUCAAGAUGUUUAGUCUGUAAAUGUUAUAGGAGUCGCGGCAAGAGGGUAAAUAUGGUACAAUAGUACAAUGGUCACGCUGAGUGGAUGUUGUCUAUCAAUGUCAUUGGUUCACGCAAGCAAGAUCAUGCGACAAUCGUGUUACUUUUCUCUAUCUGUCUCUGUUGCUCUAGCUGUUCGCGCAUGUGCGUGCUUAUUAUCAUAAUUUGAUUAUUGAUGCGGAUCAAAACACCCACCGUGUAGUAAAUCGUUGAGGUACGUUUUCUCUCUGCACGCAUUUUCUGUACUAAUUGUAUGUACUGAAUUCAAUGGCCUUGGCAAAUUAAAUAGAUAGGCAUAUCUUUUAGACAUUAGUUCUGAUUCUGGAUUUGUAACGAAGCAAGUAAAUUUUCCAAUAUCCCUAGUCCAACUUGAAGAAGAACACAACCAGAAGAAUGCCAUUUGGUGUUCGAUAAUAGUAACUGAAUCUCCCAUGUGCACGUUAUCAUUUGGUAAUUAAAAAAAGUAACAUUGUUACUGUAACAGAUAUUCCUAGAAUAGAAAUGAAAAUGAAGCCAGUGUUACGUUUAACUAUAGUUUAUGUAAAUAAUGUAAAUAAUUUUUUGUACAUUUAUGUAUUAUGUAUGUUAUGUACAGUGAACUGCAUGCCGUUUUUCUAAACUAUUAUAUACAAACCGCUGAACCUAUCGGGUAUAUUAUUAUUACGUUUAUCUCUAGGGCAAUGUUAUAAAGACUAGCAUUUGUCAUCCUUUACCACGUUCUCCAAUAGCAUUCAGAGACGGCCUCAGCAAUGACAAACUCUUCUAUCUGAAUAUCUAAUUGUAAUAUUUGUAUUGGGUCCGUUAGAAUAAACUAAGUUAUCAGCUAC